AAUCAACUUUACAGUUAACGCUUAACAUUUAGUAAGUGUCUAGUAUGAGAACUGAGAACUAAGAAGUAUUGUUAGAUAUUAAACAUUGUUACAAUAACAAAUUUAUAGUUUAUGUUGUGGCCGAUAGCCGCCGAUCACACGGAAAAGUGUUACUAGUCUGCCAGUCUGUAUCUUUUGUGUGGUCAAUGCUCAAUACUCAUUAGUCAUUGCUCACCGACUUUAGUCACAACUCUCAGUCCAGCACUUGCUACUCUGAAUUUCUGAAGUGUUUACGACACUGGCGAAUAGACUACAGUUUACAUCGAUUGUUCGCUGUUUCCUUAUCGAAUUAUUUACCAAAUCUCCGCUCGAUCGAAUUAAUUUUUACAAAUUAGAAUCUCUUUUUAUUGGUUCAAUCUAAUUUAUAUAGUUUGGCCUACAUUAUUGUGUAUCUAUAUACUUAUCAGGUUUUCUUUUCGCGAUGGAGAAAAACGGAAACACUGAACACUUGCAAUGUGAAAAUGGCAACUGCGAUACCGUUACUACAAACUGCAGUACACAGACAACACAAUUUGAUGGGAUGACCGGGUUACAUCAACCUGGCUAUGACACUGGCGACGCUUUUGGUUCAUUAUUUAAAAGUACACCUCGUCAAGGUUUGGGUAUUAGUUCAACAGAUAAGGAUGCAUGGUAUUACAAUAUGCAUCACAAGUAUCGUGGAAAGGCUAUAAUCUUUAAUCAUGAAAACUUUCAAAUUAGAGAUCUUAAAUCAAGAGCUGGAACUGGAUUGGAUUGUAUUAAUUUAGAAGCAUCCUUAAAAAAUCUAGGAUUCGAUGUUACACCAUAUGUAGAUUUAACAUUAGAUGAACUGGAUAAAAAACUUGACUAUUGGGCAAAAGAAGACUAUACAAAUUAUGAUUGCUUUGUAAUGGCAGUUCUAUCACAUGGUGAACAAGGCAUUAUUUAUGCUAAAGAUGGAGCUUAUAAGCCAGAAGAUAAUCUUUGGGGUCGAUUUACUGGUGACAAAUGUGUUACAUUAGCUAGUAAACCAAAGUUAUUUUUUAUACAAGCUUGUCAAGGAGACCGAUUGGAUGGUGGGGUUCAGUUAAGAACACAAGUGGAUGGUUCUUCUACAUUCAAAAUACCUAUUUAUGCAGAUUUUCUUAUAGCUUACUCUACAAUUCCUGGUUUCUAUUCAUGGCGCAAUACUCAAAAAGGUUCUUGGUUUAUGCAAGCACUUUGUGAUGCUUUCGAUAGAUAUGGUUAUCAGCUGGACCUUUUAACUUUACUAACAUUUGUGAAUCGUCAAGUAGCCAUUGACUAUGAAUCUAAUGUUCCUGGUACUGUUCAAAUGCAUCAACAGAAACAAAUUCCUUGCAUUACAUCUAUGUUAACCAGAUUAGUAAAAUUUGAAAAAAAGAACUAAUAUACAUUAUUCAUUAAUAAAAUUCCUAUAUUAUAGUUUAAAUACGAUUCUGUCAUGUAUACUGCAAAAUUAACACAAUUUAUUAAAACAGUGUAUGGUAACAAAUUUUAAUUAUUUGAAUGAUAAUUCAAUUUUAAGCUGGUGUAAAACAAUUGUGCAGUUAGAAUCUCAAUCUAUUAGUCUUAGAUAAUCAGAUUAUCUAAAAUUAUUAUAUGUCGGUACCAUUUUUAACUAAAUUUUAUUUUAAAAUGUGUUCAAAAUUUAUUUUAUUGAUGAAUAGGUAAAUGAUUUAAAUGUCUUUCUUAAAAUAUAAAAGUUACUGUGAUUAAAACUAUUAUUAACUUUGUAACAUACAUUACCAAAACUACUUUUCAAUAGUACUGAUUUUUUUUUUUUAUUGAUUAUUUAUUAUUAGAGUAAACUUAAUGAACAUAAGUGAUAAGUUUUUAAUAUUUUUUUAUCUUUGGACAAUUUAUUGAACAAGAAUUUUACAAAAAAUAAUUUACUGACAAAUAAAUUUUAUUACUUUAACAUUGAAUAAUAUAAUUAUGUAUAUUUUAUUCCCUUAUAUUAAUCUACCUCUACCAUUGUAUGUAUACAUGUUAUGAUAACAUUUUAUUUUUUAAGUUUUGUCCUAAAUUAACACAGAAUCUCUG